GCAGUCCGCCGGUACGCUGUUAAACCUGAAAGAAGAAGAAGAGAGCCUGCAUGUGGAAAUGUGUGGCUCAGAUGAAGUAAUUGUUUAAGGUCUGUCUGGCUGUCUAUAGUUAUAUAUCAUAACAGCGUGGUGACGUUCUUUUAAAAGGUUUAGUUUGGUUAUAAAAAUAAGUCUACUAUUACAUGCUGACAGUUAGCUUCCUGCACAGAGCAGCCAGCAGGCUAACAUCUACAGCUAGUUUACACAGCAGCAUUAGCCACCAGCAGGCUAACAUCUACAGCUAGUUUACGCAGCAGCAUUAGCCACUAGCAGGCUAACAUCUACAGCUAGUUUACACAGCAGCAUUAGCCACCAGCAGGUUAACAUCAACAGCUAGCUGAACAAGCAGCAUUGGCAUUUCUGCUGUCACAUAUGGCUGCUGAGAACGUGAAAAGUGAGGCCAUACCCCAGCAGGAGAAGGAUAAUGGAGACAGUGAAAGCAGUCAGAGGACAGUGAGCAGUAACAGAGAAGCUGAUGACCAAAGUUUGUCCAAAAGGCAGAGAAAGAAGCUCCAGAAGCAGCAGAAAUGGGAGGAGGAGAGGGAGCUAAGAAAGCAAAAACGGAAGGACAGGAAGCAGCAGCGUCGACUAGAGAGGAACAGUCAACCGGAGGAGGAGAGAGGAGAGGCGCAGAGCUUCAGGAAGCGUCCCCGCAGAGACGUGACACCCAGCACUCUGAGGCUUGUGGUGGACUGCAGCUUCGACAGCCUCAUGCUCCUCAAGGAUGUGGGGAAGCUCCACAGACAGAUCCAGCGGAGCUAUGCUGAGAACAGACGAGCCUUACAUCCUGUGCAGUUUUAUGUGACAAGCCUGGGAGGACAGCUGAAGCAGAUCAUGGAUGAAAAGGACAAAGGAUGGGUGAACUGGAAGGACAUCACCAUUGAAUCAGAGCACUACAAGGACAUUGUGGCGAACGAGGAGCUGGUGUACCUGACGUCAGACUCUCCUAACGUCCUGGAUGAACUGGACCCUGAAAAGGCCUACGUGAUAGGAGGGCUGGUGGACCACAACCACCAUAAGGGGAUCACCUUUGAGAAGGCAAAGGAGCUGGGGAUUGAUCACGCUCAGCUUCCUCUGAGCAGCUUUGUCAAGAUGAACAGUCGGAAGGUUCUGGCAGUCAACCACGUGUUUGAGAUCAUCCUGGCGUACCUGGAGAAGGGCAGCUGGAAGGAGGCCUUCUUCACCGUCCUGCCUCAGAGGAAGGGAGCCGUGGCUGUCGAAAAGGACGGAACAUAUACUCAGGAAAAAGAAGCAGAAGAUUCAGACUCUGACUCAGACCCUGACACACAACACCGAACUGAGAAGGCUCAAACAUAGUUCUAAUAGACAACUGUAGACACAGUUCUGAUAUCUGAUGAUGAAAAAAACAUCUGGAUGUAUUAAUGCUGAGGCUCAAGAGAAGUUUCUUUUCACAAAA